AUGUUAAAAAGUGAGUAUCGAAUGCGUUUAGAAGCAUCAAUUGAUGUGGCAAGACUUCUAUUAUUGUAUGGAUUGCCUUUUAGGGGCCAUGACGAAAGUGAAUCUUCAACAAAUCAAGGCCUCUUUCUAGGAUUCUUACAAUGGCAUGGGGACAAGCAUCCGGAUGUGGGAAAAGUAAUAUUAGAAAAUGCUCCACAAAAUGAUACUUUGACUUGCCCUAUAAUCCAAAAGGAUAUUAUCAAUGCUUGUGCAAAAGAAACAUUAAAGGCUAUAAUUGUAGACUUGAAUGGAGAUUACUUUGGUAUAUUAGUUGAUGAGUCCAAAGAUAUCUCACACAAAGAACAAAUGGCUCUUGUUUUGUGUUAUGUUGAUAAGAAUGGUGAAGUGGUAGAGCGAUUUGUUGGUCUUGUUCAUGUUAGUGAUACAUCGGCAUGCUCAUUGAAGGAAGAAAUCUACUCUUUGCUUUCGGACCACUCACUAAGUCCAUCCCAAAUACGUGGACAAGGUUAUGAUGGAGCUACUAUGUCUAAAAAGCAUUUGGAUGUCGAAGACUUCUUCUGUCAUGUUACUAAUAUGUUGAAUGUCAUUGGAGUAUCUUUUAAGCGUAGAAAUUUGCUUCGCCAUCUUCAAGCUGAAAAACUGGAGCAAUUACUUGAGUCUGGUGAAAUUCAUACCGGGCGAGGACUAAAUCAAGAACGCGGGCUUCAAAGACCAGGUGAUACUCGUUGGGGAUCACAUUUCAAAAUAUUAGAUAACUUUAUUGUUAUUUUCUCAUCUAUUAUUCGUGUGCUUGAAGUGAUUGAACAUGAAGGUUCUACCUCAAAUGAGAGAAAUCAAGCAAAAUAUCUUUUGAGUGAGAUAAUAACAUUUAAAUUUGUUUUUAUGCUUCACUUGAUGUUGAAAGUUUUGGCAAUGUCAAAUGAGUUGAACAAGAUCCUACAAAAGAGAGAUCAAGAUAUUGUUGAUGCCGUGGAGUUUCUUAAGAUUACAAAGAAAAUAUUGCAAGAUAUGAGAGAAACUGGAUGGAAAUCUUUGCUAGAUGACGUUUCCUCAUUUUGUCAUAUGCGUGAUAUUAUAAUUCCCAAGAUGGAUGAAUCCUAUUUUCCUGGAAAGUCGAAGCGCAAGUCUUCUGUGAGUAGCGAAUUGCUUCUUGGGAUGGCUAGCUUUAAUCCAGUCAAUUCUUUUGCUAAUUUUGAUAAAAGUAGAAUAAUGACUUUAGCAAAAUGUUACCCAAAUGAGUUUGAUGAAGUACAGAUUCGAGACUUGAGUUAUCAACUAGAUACUUUCAUAAUUCAUAUGCGAGCUGGCAAUCUCAAGUUCUCCAACUUGCAAGGAAUUAGUGAUUUGGCAAAAGCAUUGGUUGAGACAAAUCUUGUGGAGACUUAUUCGUAUGUUUAUCUACUUGUGAAGUUAACUCUGAUUUUACAUGUUGCUACCGCAACUAUGGAGAGAGCAUUCUCAUCCAUGAAGCGGAUAAAGAAUGAAGAGCGGAACAACAUGGGUGAUCAAUAUUUAAAUGAUUGUUUAGUUUGUUACAUAGAGCGUGAUGUAUUUACAAAUAUAAGUAAUGAUGUCAUUAUUGAUCGUUUUCAAAAUAUGAAAGCUCGUAGAGGACAAUUGUAA